AUGAACGGGAUUCGAAAUGGAACAGGGAGAGUGGACAUCCACCGCUGGAAGUCGGCCGACCUGGUCCGGCUCUACCACCUGUGCCUGGAGAGCCUGAUCGAGGAGGACGAGGAGCAGAUCCGGGGGAUCUCGCAUGUCAUCGACAUGAGGGAGGCGUCGUUGCCGUAUCUCAUGCUGUGGACGCCGGUGCAGUUUCAGAGGGCCAUCUCGCACGGGGAGAGGUUUCUGCCGAUGAGGCACAAGAGAGUGGACUUGUUCAACCCGCCGAUGGGGACCUGGAUCAUCUACGAAUUCUGCAAGCACUGCUUCAGUGAGAAAAUUCGCUCCAGAAUGAAGGUACGC